AUGGUUUACAAGAUACCAUCAUUGGUUGAAGACAGAAUUUCACCACGAGCGAAGAAAUUGAUCGCUUUACUUGAUGAUUUUGUCGAGAAUGAAUGCAUCCCAGCUGAAGAGAUUUUCCUUUCUCAACUUGGACAAGGAGAGAAUAGGUGGAAG